GGUAACCUGUGCAAGUAGCAGUAAUAUUAUCCUGAAUACUAUGCUGCCACCAAAUGUAGGAAAUAAGCCCACUAUGGCGUGAUUUAACAAUGUGGGCUGGUGCUGAAAGCCGCUUCCCUUUUCCUGCCUUGCCGUGGCCUCCAGGGCUGCCCUUGGCUCUGGGCAAGGCUGCUGUGCCGGGGCUCUGCCAUGCCGGGCUGCCCUCCCUCUCCCUCUGCAUCCCCGGCGCUCUUCAGGAACUUGGGCCAAGUCCGUGUGGAGUUGUCACGCAGUAAAUAAAAGGAAAGGUAUGCUUAACAAGUUGAGAAACAUCAAAGAUUUCCUGGUUUCACACCAUCAUCUUCCACUUUCAAGACUUCAAGAAUUUCAAGACUUCUGUUUUUGACAUUGCUUUAAGAGUAGUUGCUGGUGAUACCUAAAUGCGGGAGCACGUUUAAACACUGAGAAAACCUGAUGAGAACAACCCAUGAAGGAACAAAGGAAGGUUGCCAAUGCUUUCAGACAAGGGGUUACUUCGGUUCGCAGAUGCUGAGUACGAAUGGAAGGGGCCCUUCUACUUCAUCCAAGGAGCAGAUCCUCAGUUUGGACUGAUAAAAGCUUGGGCACAGGGAGACACUGAUAAUGGAGAUGAUGAAUGGGGAGAAGAAAUUCAAUUAACAGAGCAAGCAGUGCAGGCUGUUAACAAACUAAACCCUAAACCCAAGUUCUUUGUGCUGUGUGGAGACCUUGUCCAUGGAAUGCCAGGAACCCGAUGGAAAAAAAACCAAGAGCAAGAUUUAAAGAAUGUUCUGAAAAACACUGACCAGGACAUACCACUGGUAUUUGUCAGUGGGAAUCAUGAUAUUGGCAAUACUCCAUCCAGAGAAACCAUAGAUGAUUAUUGCCAGAACUGGGGAGAUGACUACUUCAGCUUUUGGGUUGGAGGUGUUUUCUUUCUUGUGUUGAAUUCUCAGCUAUACUUUGAUUCUUCCAAGUGCCCUGAGUUAAGGCAAGCCCAGGAUGCCUGGCUUGAUGAGCAGCUGGCUGUUGCUGCAAAGCAGAAAUACAAGCACAUAAUUGUGUUUCAGCACAUCCCUCUGUUUCUGAGCCAACCUGAUGAAGAUGAUGAUUACUUCAACUUGGAGAAAUCAGUUCGCCAGCAGAUAAUGGAAAAGUUUCAUAAAGCAGGCAUUAGAGCUGUAUUUUCUGGGCAUUACCACAGGAAUGCUGGAGGGUCCUACAAAGGCCUGGAAAUGGUGGUGUCAUCAGCUAUAGGAUGUCAGCUGGGAAAGGACACACAUGGCCUCCGAGUGGUGGUUGUGACAGAGGAGAAGGUGGUGCACAGAUACUACAGCUUAACUGACCUGGGCAGCCAUGGCAUUGAGAAGGAGCUGCUGGAUAUGCUUGCUAAGCAAAAGUAGGCUGUGUCAAAAGAGAUUUUUCUGUUAGAUAAAUGUAAACCGUUUCCUAAAGUUUCCCCAAGCAGAACUCAGAUUUCUGACUGCAGUGUCCCAGAACAGGUCUCAGUUUGUUGUUGUCCUAAAUAACAAGGAAGCUGUUGACAUGUUUUUCUUUUUGAAAAUGAGACCUAUGAGGAAUAUGGGAGAAGAGCAGAGCUAAUAUGGUAAUGUGUGAUUGAAAAGUACAGUUCUGAGAAUUUCACUUUGCUCCUAGGUAAUAAUUUUCUAUUACAGAGAAACUGGUGUCUGUAUAACCCUUUAACUUGAGAGGGUAUUUCAAAACCAAUAAAUUUAGUAAUUUCUGUUACCUUCUGGACAAUGUAAAUGGGGCACAUUUUACAGAAAAAAAAUCUCAAAAAAUGUGAAAUUAGCAGACUACUGCUGAAUUUUAGCAGUUUUUGUAUCAUAUCCUCUUACCUUUGUGUCAUAUUUUCUCCCAUUUCCCACGCUUUAUUUUCUUAGCUCUUCAGAGCCAGGAGCAAUAGGAGACCAAACACAUUCUGGUUUGCAGUCACAGCUUGGGUUUCUGUUAUAUCUGUUAUAAAGUUUUAUAUAAUGUUAUAUAGUUUUAUAGUUUCCAUUAUAUAGUUUUAUAUAAUGAAAAGUCUGUAAAUGAGGCUGAUAUAAAUGUCACUGACAGAAACUAAGGGUGAAACAACUACUUCCAUUUUGAAAUUUCACUGCCAUUCAAUUAGCAUAUAUCCUGGCUCUAGCUAUGGAAGUUGCAAUAAUUGCAUGGGGAGAAUAUUCUGUACAGAAUACUGUAAUCAGAAGUCACUUUGUUGAUUCCUAGACAAACUUUGAUUUCCAAAUGCAAUGUAGAGUGCCUUAUUAAGGCAAUACAGAAUACUACAGAAUAUUGAAAACCCUAAAAAGUAUGUUUUCUUCUGCAAUAAGUCUUUAAAAACAAAUUUAUAAAAUAGUUUACAUGCUGCAAUCCACCUCUUUUUUUAGCAAGUGUAUCUAAUUUGUUGCAAAUAAAUUCUUCAUGUAAUUAAGUCAUAGCUGUUGGGGUGUUUAAGUAUUUAGUUGAACACAUUACAAUCUGUGCCAUGGGUUGUCUGGAACUGGAGCUGGUGCAGCUUUGGCACCUGAAGAGGGAGGAACACAGAGAGCAUCAUUAAUGCAUUCUGUCCUGUUUUAUGUAUGUACUCACAUACAACACUGUUCCCUAGAGGGUAUUACAGGUAUUUAAACACGGUGAAAGGUAGGAAAUGCUGUGCUGAAGAGUCAGUUUAAUUACAUUUUACUUACAACAGUUUAUCAAGGAGUCUCCUUCAAGCCUGAUUUAUGGAACUGCUGAGACUGUAAAAUCACCUUUGCCUUGCAGCAAGUGGCUUUACCUGCACCAGGACAGGCCCACCUGGGGACUGCAGCCCCAUGGCAGCAGCUUGAGCAGAGGUAAUGUUGGAUUCAGAGAGAAAGGAGGUGAUUUUGCUUUUAUUCUCCAGCUGCUUUUGCUUAGCUGAAUGUUUUCACAGUCUCAUUUUCAGUAGAAUGUGGAAAAUGAGAGAACAUUUUGUAGCUGUAUAAUACAAUCAUGGGAAGGAUAUUUAACCAUAGUUUGUGCUGGACAUUUCUGUAUGUAGUAAAAAGUUACAAAAAUAAGCUGAAAAUGUGGUUUUCUACCAGCAUAAAUGACAAAUUGUGUUUCCUCACUUUUCUUAGUGUAAUUAGCUGGUUAAGAAUUAAUACUGAUGCUUUAGCUAAUUUGAAAUGGCAGAGGUUCUUGCUGUCACUAUGCCUCAUCUUGUUUAUGUCAAGAAAAAUAAAAUAUGUUAAAUGAUGAAACAAUUCA